GCCAGGAGAAGAGAGGUCCUGCUGUGCCGUCUUCUAGACACAAAGAAGUCCCAUAAAUGAAGAGCAUGGACAGACACACUGACAGAGAUUCACAGAAGCAACUGAACCAGAAGGCUAUGAAUGCUCAGGAUGGAUUUCUGGCUAUACAUGUUAACCAGACCGAGGACUUACUGAGGCUGCAGGGAACUGAGUCUCAGGACUCAGCUUCAGAAGACUCUGAAGACUGGCUGUCAACUCACAGUUUAAAGUCUGAGAAGCUCACCCUGGCUGACCUGAUAAGCCAGGGCACAGUUGGGCUGGAAGAGCAUGACAGCACUGCGCCCAGGCUGCCUUUCUCCACCCAGACCGCCCGCCACUUUGAAUCGAGGCUUUCUGACAUGAUCAAAGUCUACCAGGAGAGGAUUCAGUGGCUCACAGAGAAAAGCAAGAAGGUAUUUGGCCUCAUCAAGGGAACAAGAGUGGGCCUGCUCAUCGAUACGUCCCAGGUCAGCAACCCUCUGAAAGACGAAUUCCAGAAUGACCUCAUAAGUCUCAUUGAUGAGCAGCUGAGCCUCAAGGAAAAGCUGUAUGUCCUGUCUUUUGGCGUCACCCCUCAAGCCCUGUGGCCUGAGCCUGUGGAAGUCAACCCCUCCAACCUCCAGAAACUCAGGCUCUGGGUAAAGAAACUGCAGCCCAGGGGAAGCAGCAACCUGCUGCAAGCCUUGAAGAAAGUCUUUGCUCACAAGGAACUGAAUUCUCUGGUGGCCAUAUUGAGGAGCUGUCCAGAUCAGCCUUCUGAAUUCCUAUCUGACUACAUCCAGCAGUCCAUCCUGGGACGGGACCUCUUCAUUCAUGUCACCACCUACAACUGUGAUAAUCACGUGCCCUCUGCUGUUCUGAAGAACCUCACAAAUGCGCUUGGGGGUUAUUACCACGGCUACUGCCCGGAAACAGAGAAAGCUCAUUGCUUCCAUCGCCCCCAGCUAUAUACCAGUAGGCAUGUGGAUGAGCUCCUGGCAGAAACACAGAAGGCUCAAAACCUCCUCAGUCAGGUGCAAGCCCUGAAUCACAGCAGCCCUAGUGAAGAAAUGGUCUGCAAGAUCAAGGAAAUGUCUACAGAGAUUGCCAAAGAGCCAUUCACAAGUCUCUUGCCUAAACCCCCGAAGCAUGACACCCCACUCAACAUCAAGUUCCCAGACUUGGACAAGACUUCUGCAGAAUGGCUGAAGGUUAAUGGUCUGAAAGCUAAGAAGUUAAACCUUUAUCAGGUUCUGGCACCCAACACUUUCAGUCAUGUGGAAGAAUUUGUGCCUGUUCUCCAGAAAACUGUAUCAGCUACUAUCCACGAGAGAGCAAUGGUGCAGUUUGAAUGGCAUGAUGGAACAAUGAAGAGUAUUCAUGUGGACCCACCCUCACUCUAUGAGUACCAGAAGCAGAUCGGGAAAGCUGUGCAGAUGUACGAGAGUCGGCUCCAGUGGCUCUCCCUAGCCAGCAGAAGAAUCUGGGGCACUGUCUGUGAAAGGAGGGUGGCUGUGCUGCUGGACGUCUCAGUGACCAAUUCCACGUACAUUAUUCAUAUCCAGCACUCCCUGCGACUGCUGCUGGAGGAGCAGCUGGCCAACAAAGACCACUUCAACCUCAUCGCGUUUGGAAGCAAGAUUGAGAGCUGGAUGCCCGAGAUGGUUCCUGUGAGCCUUGACAGCUUACAAAGCGCCUGGAGGUGGGCCCUGGGCCUCCAGUGCCAAGGAAGCAGGAAUGUCCUCGGCGCCCUGCGCAAGGCCAUAGAAGUGGACUUCAAAGACAAAAACAAAUAUGAGUCUCAGGGCAUCUACCUCUUCACAGGAGGUGUCCCUGACCAAGACGUGCACGUAAUCAGCGACUAUGUGGCAGAGGCCUGUGCGGGUUGCCACCUCUAUCUGAAUGUCUGCCUCUUCUAUGUGGGUGAGCCGCAGAUGGACACCUUUGCCCCUGCCUGCUAUGCCAGCCGUAUUGACACUGCUGCCGCCUACAGAGAGAUCACCCUGGCUGCCCACGGUCGCUUCCACUGGUUUGGAGAAACAGGUAUUUAUGAGAGCGAUGACAGCAAAGCCAUCAUAUCUGAGCUAGAAAAAGCCCUCAGCUACUCCCAAAAGUGUGCCUUCCUUGUGGCCUCCCUGAAGAACCAUUCAAGAAAAGAACUGCAAAGCACAAUCCUCCAGAAAGACAAGCCAAGGACGCUCAGGCAAAGUCAGCCCAAGAAACUCUGUCCUCCCAAGCCCACAGCACCCUCGGUGGCCAAAAUGAAUGUUAAAGAUGACCUGGAUGGAGAAACAAGCCCCCAACUGGAAGCCCUGAAGGGUCAUCCCCUCGAUGGUGAAGCAAGGGUCUCUCCAGCUGCGGGCCAACCUGAGAAAGAAGAGACGGUGAAACAGAGGAGGAAUGCCAAGCCCAGGGGAAAAGUUACAGUGCCCUUUCUGUUCUACACAGGGUCUGGGAAUAGUGUGGGUUCUGUGUACAAGAGGUACCCUCAAGAAAAGUCUGUUAGGAGGACUAACUGUUGUGUUCAGCUGCCCAGGAAGGACACUGUCUGCUCAAGUCGACAGUGGAUAGCCACUUGUGGACUGAAGAGACUGAAGCUGGAACUCUCCACAUGCCUGGGUCCCCACUGCAAACAUCAAAAGUCAGCCCAGGGGUCAGCCUCCCCCAAACAAUGCAGUCUCCUCCCCAGUAUAGAGAUCAAUGGAGAAGUGAGACACAUCCGGCGGACGCUGUGGGAAAUGGAGAGGUACAUCGCAUCCAUGGAGAAGGUGCUGAGGUGCUAUGUGCAAAGGCUGCAGUGGCUGCUGUCUGGGAGCCGCAGGCUGUUUGGCACCAUCUUGGAAAACAACGUGUGCAUCCUGCUGGACAUGUCGGGGUCCAUGUCCCCCUACUUGCAGCAGAUGAAGACAGAGCUCGUUCUGCUGAUUUGGGAGCAGCUGAAGACGCACUGUGACAGUUUUAACCUGCUCAGCUUCGCAAAGGACCUGAAGCCAUGGCAGAACGCCCUGGUGGCAAGCACAGAAGCAACGUGUCACGAGGCCAUGCAGUGGGUCGCCAGCCUGCAAGCCCAGGGGAGCACUUCAGUCUUAGAUGCUUUAACGAAAGCCUUCAGCUUUCAGGCUGUGCAAGGACUGUAUCUCCUAACCGACGGGAAGCCGGACACAAGCUGCAGCCUUAUUCUCGACACUGUCCGAAGGUUCCAGAGGGACAGACACGUGAAGGUGCACACCGUCUCCCUGACCAGCACAGACAGAGAAGCAGUUGAGUUCCUGAGGAAGCUGGCUUCCCUCAGCGGGGGACGUUACCACUGCCCUGUGAGCGAUGACACCCUCCGAGGCAUUCAAGGCAUGCUGGCCAGGGGCUUCCUCGAGGAAAAGGAUCCCAAGUUGCCACUGUUUGAAGGCGAUGACUUAAAGAUACUGGGCCAGGAAGUCACCAAGGCUAGAAGCUUCCUCAAGCAAGCCCAGCUCUUCAGAGCCCAGCUCCUGACGCAAAAUAACAUGAAACCAAAGGCCACUCUUGGCUAGAGACAUGUGCUCCGGUAAGAGGAGUGGAAGCCAUACCUGCCCAGUGCCCUCCGAGAGCCACAAGCAUAACUGUGGGGAAGGAUCAGAAAUUGUGAUUCCUCGGACUUGAAAAGCCGGUCCACAGAGCACCCUGAUGUAAAGAGCAGACUGACAGAGACAGCUGUGACACCGGGCACACCGGCAGGGGAUAAAAUGCUUCACACUGGGAUACUCUGAAGGCUGGGGGCAGGAAGGCUUUCUCACUUGGGUUUGGGACCUCCUGGGCCUGGCCUCAUCCUCCUGCCCUGUCUCUCCAUGUAUGGCUAGAUCAUACACUCUAGCCACUUGUUUGCUACCCUCUGCCUAGUGACUCCUGUUUAUCUGUCAAGGCACAGCACAGGCGGCAUGGGCUCCACUGUGAAGGUGUCGCUGAAACCUGUAUGUUUCAGAGCUAAGGACCUCCGGGCAGAUCCCAAUGCUCCUGACCAACUGAGCCUCUUGUGGCAUUCGACACUUCAGGCAACAAUGCCCUGCUCCAUGUACUGACCCUUCUUGACCAUGGUUCUCCCAAGAAGCGGCUGUCUUGACCAUCCAUGGAUCCCCAGAACCUGCCAUAGGGCAGUCGCAUGGUAAACAUCACCUGAGCAUAGCAGCCCAGCUCUGGAGAGCAGCCAGAUGAGGGCGAGGCUGCUUCUCCUGGCUCCUCCGUGUACUGUUUACCACCCAGAUCCAUGGGCCAAGACAGGUACCAGCAGCCUGGCUUGGGAAAAGACACAGCCAAGAGCUGAGUCCCACCCCCGGCUAACCAGAGGCUGUUAUGGACCCAGUCCAGAGGAAAUGCCCUACUCCAGCCUCUGAAAGGUGGACUUCAUCCUUUGAGCCCAGCUAUGCCAUGUGCAAGAGAAUGGGGGCAUCAUGUGUUUAGAUCAUCUGGAGUCAUUUCCUAAGGUGUGAAAACUGCUUUUACUAAAAGAGUCAAAAUUGCUUUAAAUGUAUGGAUGUGUGUGUAAUUUUUAGCGAAAUAAAACCUUAAGA